UCAAUUUUCUGAUUUUCUCCGUUCUUCGGACCAUCUCCUAUCGCUCUCCGAUUCUGAAACUCUUGAUUUUUUGUUUUUAUGUUUUCAUUUUCACGUCAGAACUUCGAUUUGGACAUUCAGUUUGCAUCACAGAGAAUUUCGAUUCAGAUGUUGUGAUUUAGAAAAGCUCAAAUGCUCGGAUCUGCCGGUUGGCAUUAUGUUUCUGAAACUGCACCUGUUUCAAGGAAAAAGUUGCAUGAGUUCUUUGGGUCAUGUGACCUCAAGUUCAAGGAAGUCAUAGUACAGAAAGUUUGUGGACCUAUCUUUUGUCAUCCAAGAGUUUAUUCUAUAUCCAGAAUUUCUAUUAUGGGCUAAGAAGCAGCGAAAUGUUUUUAUUUUGCAAUUCAUAAUGGAGAUGGAGGAUGCACGAGAAGAUGCAGGGUCAGCUGAACCAGGGCCUUCUGGUGCUACUUGGUGGCCCUCAAGUUUUAUUGAAAACUUCCAGUCUGUUUCCCUGGUAUCUCAAGAAGAUACUUCGCAUAGUAAGGAAUUGAAGAGCAAUCAUAAUGAAGAUGAGUUGUCAUCUCAGACAGCUUCGCAAAUCCUCUGGGCUACUGGAAUGCUUAGUGGAUCGAUUCCUAAUGGUUUCUAUUCUGUCAUUCCGGACAAGAAGCUCAAGGAGCAUUUUCAUAGUAUACCUUCUCCUGAUGAGCUUUAUGCUAUGGGUUUGGAGGGUCCUAGAGCAGAUAUUAUACUUGUAGAUGCAGAGAAGGAUAAGAAACUUUCCAUGCUGAAACAACUGAUUGUGGCUUUGGUGAGAGGAUUAAAUUCAAAUCCAGCUGCAAUGAUAAAAAAGAUUGCUGGAUUGGUUUCUGAUUUUUAUAAACGACCAAGUUCGGAACUAAGUCCAGCUAAAGCUGCAUUAGAGGAAAUGUCUCAUUUGUCAGACAAUCGAGGUGUCCAGCUGUUGGGGCAAAUAAGGCAUGGUUCGUGCCGACCUCGAGCAAUCCUAUUUAAAGUCCUUGCGGAUACUGUUGGAUUUGAUAGUAGGCUUAUGGUGGGCCUACCAAGCGAUGGAGCUGUUGAACCUGCAGACUCAUAUAAGCAUAUGUCUGUGAUAGUCGUUUUGAAUUCUGUGGAACUACUAGUUGAUCUCAUGCGGUUCCCAGGCCAACUAAUUCCAUGUUCAACCAAGGCAAUUUGGAUGUCUCACAUUCCUGCAGCAGGGGAGAGUGACUCAGCAGAAAACGAUUCAUGCGACUCACCCCUUGAACCAAACAGUCCUCUCCAUGGUUUUUCAGAUAGAGUGGAUGCAGAAGGUUUAUCACAUAGUGAACCCAACAUUGCAAAUACAUUUUGGCGACGCAGUCGGAAGAAAGUCAUUGCUGAACAACGCACAGCUAGUUCAAGUCCAGAGCAUCCCUUAUUUCGGGCACGUGGACGGUCAAUGCUAAGUGGUGAUAGACAAUCAUUAAGAGAAUAUUCGGAUGAUAUGGCUCCAUCAAGGUCAGAAGGAGCAUCAACGUCUGAGACUCGUAGAAUAAGAAGAAGAAGUUUUAGCAUUACUCCAGAGAUUGGUGAUGAUAUUGUAAGGGCUGUGCGAGCAAUGAAUGAGACACUGAAGCAAAACCGACUUUUAAAAGAACAAGCUGAUGAUGGAUCGGUUACAAAUGACCAAGGCAAUUGUUCAGAUCCUAAAAAAAAUGUAACAAAUUUUCAUUUGGAUCGUCAUGAUGUAAUCCCUGGUGAAGGGUCUGCUACAUAUCUUCCCAGGAGGCAAAUAAAUUCUCAGAAGGCAGCAUCAUUACCUUCGUCUCCCCAUCAGUUUAGGGGUCAGGGUUCUGAGAGGAGUGGGCCUUCAAACUAUGGAGGAAAUGCUGAAAUGGUUUCAACAUGGAACAAAGUGCUUGAAUCUUCCAAGUUCCUGAAGAGGCCCUUGUUACCUUUUGAUGAAUGGAACAUUGAUUUCUCUGAAUUGACUGUUGGAACUCGUGUUGGGAUUGGUUUCUUUGGAGAAGUUUUCCGUGGUAUUUGGAAUGGGACAGAUGUUGCAAUCAAGAUUUUUCUAGAGCAAGAUUUGACUGCUGAAAAUAUGGAGGACUUCUGCAAUGAAAUAUCUAUCCUAAGCCGCCUUCGACACCCAAAUGUUAUUUUAUUUCUUGGGGCAUGCACAAAGCCUCCUCAUUUAUUAAUGGUAACUGAAUACAUGGAGUGGGGAUCUUUGUAUUAUUUGAUCCACAUGAGUGGCCAGAAAAAGAAACUCAGCUGGCGAAGGAGACUGAAGAUGCUGCGUGAUAUUUGCCGGGGAUUGAUGUGCAUGCACCGGAUGAAAAUAGUUCAUCGGGAUCUGAAAACUGCAAAUUGCCUCCUGAAUAAGCAUUGGCAAGUGAAGAUCUGCGACUUUGGGCUUUCUCGAAUAAUGACAGAAAUUCCCAUGAGAGAUUCCUCAUCUGCAGGGACUCCCGAAUGGAUGGCUCCUGAACUCAUACGCAAUGAACCGUUCACAGAGAAAUGUGAUGUGUUCAGCCUUGGUGUGAUAAUGUGGGAAUUGUUCACUCUAAGUAGACCAUGGGAAGGUGUACCAGCAGUGCAGGUGGUUUAUGCAGUGGCUAAUGAGGGAUCACGGCUAGAGAUUCCUGAAGGUCCACUGGGCAAGCUUAUUGCAGAUUGUUGGGCAGAGCCAGAUGAACGACCAAGCUGUGAGGAGAUCCUCUCCCGCUUGCUUGAUUGCGAGUACACUCUCUGCUGAUUUGGUUUGUUUUUGUAUAGGAAGCGCAGAAGAGGGGUUUUAUUUGUCAGUUGCAAGUUGUAAAUUAGUUAAUGUUAUAUUUAUUCAAAGAACAUUUCAUUGCUA